AUGGGCAUCAUGGAACAACCUCCCGAUCGUACAUAUUCCCAUGCGGAAUCCGGAUCUCCUGGUGGAAACUCGAAGGCUUCUAACGAAAUAGUUGAAACUGAGGUCAUGCGGGCAAAACUUCGACGCACAUACGCCGACUAUAGGAGAAUUUAUCCCCAGGGUAACUUGUGCCAACGUUGUGCUGGUAUAAACUGGACAAAUCUUCUCUCUAAUUAUAACGACGAAUGGAAUCUUUUGGACUUAUUCAGCGUCCCCGAAACAAUUCAGGAACUCUCUGCGUCGCCAUGUCCGCUGUGUCGACUAAUGAGCUCCGAUCAAAUGUUCGGAAAUGGAACCCUCAGCGUAUACGAUGCCUACAAUGACGUGCUAUAUCUCGAGCAUCACGAUGAGCAUAGCUGGAAUCGGUAUGCCCUAUGUCUAGAACUACGUUCUGGCGAUUUGCAUCGGAAAUACAUCCUACAAAACGUCUGUACUAGUACUCAGUUUUACCUGCUUCGCAAACUUGACUCUGAAGUUAUCGACUACGAGAUACUUCGACAUUGGCUCAGGUACUGCAAGUUCCAUCAUACAAAGUGUACUCAAACCUACGAUUCUAUUAUUCCUGGCCUCAGAGUCAUCGACUGCACAACCGAAACAGUCGUCUAUGCACCUGAGGAUGCCACUUUCCAUUACGUAGCCUUGUCUUACGUUUGGGGUGGUACCAAAAGCUCCGGAAAAGACCAAGACGAGUUCCCGGCAACGAUACGCGAUGCCAUCACCGUCACGAUACGACUGGGAUAUAGAUACCUGUGGGUCGAUCAAUACUGUAUCAACGAGUCAUCUGAGGGAUACAAACAAGCUCAGAUACAACUCAUGGGCCGUAUUUACGCCGAGGCAGAGCUAGUCAUCAUCGCUGCAGCCGGCAGCUCGUCCAGCUACGGACUGCCCGGUGUUGGUGUCAAAGCUCGAGAAGCACAGGGGAGAGUUCGACUAGAAAACAAUGUUGAGCUGAUCGAGAUGAACGAACCGGAUCGUGAGCUAGACAUGAGUGCAUGGGCGCAAAGAGGCUGGACUCACCAGGAGGGCUAUCUUGCGACGCGAAGCCUCGUCUUCACAGACAAAGAAGUUUUAUACGUAUGCAACCAAGGAGCAUGGCAAGAGUCUGUGCAGCGUCCUGCCAUGGAGGACGACGGUCAAUGUUGGGUGAUGGCGAACGCUUGUUUCCAUAUCAGGGCUCUACCUCCAUACAACAGUCACGCGCCAGUCUAUUUUUUUCUCGAUAACUACUCGGGCAGAAAGCUGUCCUACGAUAGCGACAUCCUCAACGCCUGCAUUGGUGUGUUGAACAAAUUCGUGGGCCACCAUCAUUUCUGGGGCAUGGUAACCCCACGCCUAGAUCCUGAACGAUGUCUUCCGCUCUGUCUGGAGUGGCGUAGCCGAAUUCCGGGCACAAGAAGAGAAGCCUUUCCAUCUUGGUCAUGGGUAGCGACAGCCAGUCCAAAAAUGAUCCCUUCAUGCGGUUGGGGAGAUCACAAUGAAGGCUACGUUGCGCACAUACGCACAAACGAUGGACGCUGGUUGUCCCCAGAGGAGCAGACUGAAAGUCGAUGUGAUCCUUUGCCCAUGAAUUUUGGCCCUACUCUACGUCUUCAAGCUAUGCUCUACACAGCUCUCUUGAGCACGAACACAAUGUAUGGAGCACCAGACAGUCGACCAGUUGUCAUUUUCCAGGCCACUGAUGGGGAUGGCAGUGAAUUCGAAGUUGUUUUCAAGCUGUGGCUUGACACUGAACUCAUAGAAUCAGACUUGAAGAACACUGUCAAAGCAAUACUGGUCUCUGGCAGCACUAGAGAAGACAGGGAUAUAGAAUCGUAUUCACUUGGUCCCGCUUUCAUGAUCCUCCAAGCAGUAGGACAUCAUUAUAAGAGGAUCGGCAUCACAGGCUAUGAGUAUCGCUGCUGGAUCCUAGAAAAGAGAACAAGGAAGGUGAGGAUGAAAGACGAUAAUGAUAUAUUGUCGUAUGAGAUCUGUAGAGGUAUUGAGGAAACCGUCUAUAUCGAGUAA